AUGGAAAGCAGUCUGGCUUCGGCACAUUCAACAAACACAUCUUUUAAAAGGCCUAAACCAACAAUUCUAAAAAGAGUGGACCCUCUGAAAAGAGUUCCAGCACAAGAAUCAUUGCCUGAGAAAAAGAAAAGGUUUAAAUUGUCUAUUACUUUUCAAGAUGAGAUAGAAAAAUCCUUAAUUGACCAGCUUGAGAGCACAAAAGUUACCUCACAAACACCUAUAUCUGAAACAACACUAAUAAAUCUUAACAAAAAUGAAUCGUUCAUUUCUAGCACUAACGUUCCCUCUCCAAAAAUCCGUCCGAAAUCAGCCAGGCGACUUAAAACUACUUCAAAAGAAAAAGAGCUAAGAAUCCCUAUUACUGUAUUAUCUAACCACAAAUACUUAAAAGAAUCCACAAAAAACCGCCUUGUCUAUAUGGUUGCUGAAGCUCUUCAUUUUUCUCCAAUUUCAAUUGGAAAGAGAUCAGUUUCAGUUCCUAAAGGCAAAUCUUCCCAAAAUGAAUAUUAGUAAAUUUAUAAUUAUAAAAAAAUACAAUAUUUAGCAUUAUCCUAUUUUUUAUGGUAAAUAAAAAACUACAGUCAGUAUAGAGACUUUCAAUUAGUGCAAUUUGUAUAUAAUAUUCCAGCUGUUGAGUCUGAGCUUGAUGUAGCUCUACGCCAGAUUAAAGAAAAAGAAAGGAUUUUACGCCAAGAAAGCCAUUUUGGAAGUAAAGUAAGGAAUCUUCAAAUGAAGAUUGAGAAGAGAAUUUACAGAAAUGAAAUUGUUGAGCAUAAACCGAAAAAGAGAAUUUUCAGGGUAAAACGGAAUCCUCCGUUUGUGCUCAGCGAAGCAGGAAGAACUCUGGACUAUAAAUCGUGCAAUAUAUUACCAUCUGGAAUACUUAUUGAACCUACAUUUAUAUAA